AUGAACCCAAACAACGUUGUUGGGUUCUGUAAUUUCCGACAGCCCCUAACAUACACACCAGCGGAGUCUCAUCCUGCAGCACAAGUGUUCCUCCGGACCUCCUCCUCUUCUUACCCGGGUAUCCGCCUCCUUCAGCCGGCCAUGGCGCUCCGGAGCUUCUUCGUGGGGGGAAACUGGAAGAUGAACGGCAGCAAGGAGAGUCUGGAUCAGCUGAUCGGCACCCUGAACACCGCCAGCCUGCACGACCAGACCGAGGUGGUGUGCGCUGCGCCCUCCAUCUACCUGGACUUCACUCGGUCCAGUCUGGAUCCCAGGAUCGGCGUCGCAGCCCAGAACUGCUACCAGGUGGCCAAGGGGGCGUUCACGGGGGAGAUCAGUCCGGCCAUGAUUAAGGACUGCGGGGCAGACUGGGUGAUACUGGGACACUCUGAGCGCCGUCACGUGUUCGGGGAAAGUGACGAGCUGAUUGGUCAGAAGGUGGCUCACGCUCUGGAGAGUGACCUGGCCGUGAUCGCCUGCGUCGGGGAGACGCUGGAGGAGCGGGAGGCAGGCACCACAGAAGAAGUCGUCUACGCUCAGACGCAGGUCAUUGCAGAGAACGUGAAGGACUGGGGGAAGGUGGUCCUGGCGUAUGAACCUGUGUGGGCCAUCGGCACAGGCAAAACCGCUUCACCUGAACAGGCUCAGGAGGUCCAUGAGAAGUUGAGGGCGUGGCUCCGAGCCAACGUCUCUGACGACGUCGCCGACUCCGUACGGAUCAUCUACGGAGGUUCGGUAACGGCAGCUAACUGCAGAGAGCUGGCGUCUCAGGGCGACGUGGACGGCUUCCUGGUGGGGGGGGCCUCUCUGAAACCAGAGUUUGUCGACAUCAUCAACGCCCGUGCAUGAGGGAGACGGGAGACGUCCCUUUACGUCGUCCCCACGUGUCCUCACACUGGGCCGGCUGAUCCACAGAGAGACCCGGGUCCAGUCACAGCUUUAGUUUUAUUAGCUGAGUAUGCGCUGGUCGAGGUAAACAAAGGAACUCAAAGUUAAUAUCUGAACUUUUCUGUCUUUUGUGGGAUUUUAGUUAUUUUUGUCACAUUAGAGUAUUGAGUCAAACUACUGCGUAUUUCACUUUCUGUUGG